UUACCUUCUGCCUAUCGAGGAACGACUGUUUAUAAUUUGAGAAAAACGCCAGCCAAAAUGAACGACAGCAACGUGCCCGCCUUCGAGCUAGGCGAUGCCCUGGCCACUCGCUGUGGCAACACACUCACCGGCGUCUUUUUGCCGGGAUCGCGAAUCGCGUUGAGCGCCUACCGGCAUGUGACACACAAAUCGCGGGACGCCCCCACCGAGACGGCUGGUCAGGAUCCGGUGCUCAUCUACCUGGCCCAGGAGACGACGCUCUUCGAUGAGCCCGUGCUGCGCAGUGUGCUCGCCGAGGCGAACGCCACCUUCGCCACGCUGCAGCAGUUGGGUCCACGGGCCACCCGGGCCGAGUAUGUGAAUAUAUCGCGGGCAUACCGCAGCAUCGUGCGCUCCUGUCUGGAGAAGCUGGAGCAGGCCAAGAAGUCGCCGGAUGUGCAGACGGAUGAGCCCCGCCUGCGCCGCUUCACCGAUGCCAUUGUCGUGUUCUAUGCGGCCGAGUGCCUGUGGCAUCUCUUCGAGAUUCUGUACAUCCAGAACAACCAGCUGGUGGUGCCCCAACUGCUCGACUGGGCGCGCUUCCAUUCCCCGCAAACCGAGGACCGGGCCACCGAUCUGCUGCUGAUGGCCGAGGAGGCCAGCGAAUCGGACGACUACUGGAGCAUCCUCAAGUCGCUGAUCAUGCUGGGCGAAAUGGAUGUCACACGCGCCAUUCUCUCGCAGAAUCGCAAGACUGGGCAGCCCGCCUUCAAGGCUGCGGAGCUGAUCCUGAAGUCCAUGCCCGUGUACCAGGAGGGCUAUGCUCUGCAGAAGUUCCACUCGCAGUGGGAGUACUGGCACGUGGACACAGAGCGCAAGAUCCAGAGCGGCAUAUUCGCCACAGAGCCGGAGUUGGAGCAAGUUCUUCAGCUGGUCGUCGGCAACAGCGAGCAGUGGGAUGCUGGGAUUAAGGAGUCCCAGGAUUGCUACGAUUACCUGCCGGGAUAUCUGCUCUUCACCAAGCCCACCUGCAAACCCUUCGAGCUGCGGAUAGCAGCGGCCAAUUGGCUGAACCGCUGGCAUCUGCUUCGACCGGAAAGGGAGCUGUGCAGCAUGAACCGCAUGGUUGCGCAGCUCAUGGAUCAGGACAUAAAGCUCUUCAUAUACGAGGCCCAGAAACUGAACGAUACCCAUUGGUUCUCAACGCAUUUGAUUGAUCUUAUCCAUCAUUGCGGGCAGCUCAAGAGCUACUUUGAUCAGAAUAAUAUAGAUCUCCCCGCCUUACGACACUCGAUGAUCUAUGAGUAUGGCAGCUAUCUGAUGACAUCCCACAACAUGUGGCAAUUGGGUAUUGACUAUUUAGAUUGCUGCAAGCAGGAGGGCCAGGCGGCUAUUGAACUGCUCCUGCCACGCAUCUCUUUGCGCAGUGAGCGCCAGGCCACCAAGCUGAUCAACCUGGCCAGGCAACGAGGACUCACUGGCGUGGAGCAGGAGAUCUGCAAGGUGCUCUCGAAGCAAUCCUACGAUAAGCAGCGUUACGGCAAUGCCUUGGAGUGGGCCAUUCGCUCAAAGGAUAUACUUUUAGUCACUGCAGUAGCAGACUUUAUUUUAAAGCAUUACUCGAGGACAGGAAACAUGCUCUGCCCGGACACCAUAGCCAAUGUGGGAGGACGAAUGUUCAUCUCACCUCGCUUGGUUUUCCUCUCCAAGUACUAUGAGUUCUACGAAUUCUAUCGCACCCGCGAUUUUCUCUCUGCCUCUGAGCUUCUGGUGAAUCUGUUGGAAUCCAGAAUCACACCAGAUUACUUUUGGCCCUCGUUGCUCAUCGAUUCCAUGCCACUGCUGGAGUCCAAGGAUCCGAAAAUCUUUGCCAAGGAAACGGUGGCCAUUCUCCAUCAUAUCGAAACAGAACUGGUCCCCAUCAUCGAACGCGAUGUGACCAAAUAUGGCAAGCACCACACAGAAACCGUGUUUAAGGACUAUCGGGUGGAGAACGUCGAUGAAAUCCUGAACCUCAUGCGCCUGGCCUGCGCCCGCAACUUGGCCAGGGCUUUGAUCAUUGAGAACACAAUGCCGGUGUCGUGAUUUUGAAUGCAUUUUUAGUGUAAUUUAUUUUGUAUUUUUCGCUUUUCCAAUACAUCGUAAUUUGUUAUAGAUUGUAUGCAUUGCUAACUUGUUAUUCAUACGCAUUUUGUUUA